AUGGAACUGUUAAUGCUUUCCGAUGUUUGUCUGGUGUCAACCAUCUUUACUUUGUUGGCAAUGCUAGCAGGAGUAGUUUUAGGCUACUUUUAUAAGCCCUACUGGGGGGUGAGAAGGGUACCAGGCCCACCAGCUAUCCCUCUGAUAGGGCACAUUCCCUUGCUGGCAAAGCAUGGUCCGGAUGUAUUCUCAGUUCUUGCCAAACAGUAUGGCCCUAUUUUCAGGUUUCAUAUGGGCAGACAGCCACUAAUAAUUGUAGCAGAUGCAGAGCUUUGUAGAGAAGUUGGAAUUAAGAAAUUCAAAGACAUAAAAAACAGAAGCAUUCCGUCUCCCCUCGCCACUUCCCCUCUUCAUCAGAAGGGUCUGUUUUUAACCAGGGAUGCAAGGUGGUGGACGAUGCGAAACACGAUCUUAUCUGUGUAUCAGCCAUCACACCUAGCCAGCCUUGUGCCCACCAUGCAGUCAUACAUUGAAUCUGCAACUCAAAAACUUGAUGACUGCUCCAAAGAAGAAGAAGAAGUUACCUUUUCCAACAUCUCCCUCAGAUUGGCCACUGAUGUGAUAGGACAAGCUGCCUUUGGUGUCAACUUUGGCCUUUCUAAACCACAAUCCAUCACUGAUUCAAUCAACAAGCAGAUUGGUGGCCAAGACAUUAACAUUGAUGAAGUCUCAGACUUUAUAAACCAACACAUAUAUUCCACAACACAGCUUAAGCUGGACUUUUCUGGUUCCUUGUCAAUCAUAGUGGGACUACUUGUCCCCAUACUCCAGGCGCCAUUUUGGCAGAUUUUGAAGAGAAUCCCUGGCACUAUGGACAGGAAAAUUGAACGUAACAACCAGAAAUUGACUAGCCGGCUUGAUCAAAUUGUUGAAAAGAGAAUGAAAGACAGUGGCGGCCGAGGUUCAAAGAAUUUCUUGUCGCUCAUACUGAAUGCGAGAGAGUCAGAGACAGUUUCAAAGAAUUUCUUCACCCCAGACUACAUCAGUGCACUUACUUAUGAGCAUCUCCUUGCUGGGUCGGCCACCACAUCAUUUACAUUGUCUUCUGUUGUUUACUUGGUUGCUGCCCACCCAGAAGUUGAGAAAAAGUUGCUGGCAGAGAUUGAUGGAUUUGGUCCACCUGCUCAGAUGCCAACUGCUCAUGAUCUUCAACACAAAUUUCCUUAUAUGGAUCAGGCAAGUCUUCUGAACGUUAUCAAAGAGGCAAUGAGAUUUUACAUGGUUUCCCCAUUAGUUGCAAGAGAAACAUCUAGACAAGUCGAAAUAGGAGGUUAUCUUCUACCGAAGGGGACAUGGGUGUGGUUAGCGCUCGGAGUUUUAGCAAAAGAUCCAAAGAACUUCCCAGAGCCACACAAGUUUAAGCCAGAGAGGUUUGAUCCAACCUGCAAAGAAGAAAAACAGAGGCAUCCUUAUGCUUUUAUACCCUUUGGCCUUGGACCUCGAUCAUGCAUUGGUCAGAAAUUUUCCCUGCAAGAAAUAAAGCUCUCGCUGAUUCAUUUAUACCGGAAAUAUGUAUUCCGGCACACUCCCAACAUGGAGAUACCUCUGGAACUUGAGUUUGGCAUUGUUCUAAAGUUCAAGUAUGGUAUCAAGCUCAGAGUCAUAAAGCGCACAUGA